AUGGCAGUCACUCUCCCUGUUAUUCCCCUGGCUAUCUGCCUCCUUCUGUCGAACCUUGCCGUCGCUUUCAAGAUUACCGGCGCAGGUGGAAGUCAUAACGCAACCACAGGGGUUCGACCUUAUCGGCUCGACAUCAAUGAUUUCUCGCAGUCCGGUCCACCGUUCGAUCUUUACAUCCAGGCCCUGAGUCGGCUCCAGGCAAGAGACCAAUCCGACCCUCUAUCUUACUUCCAAAUUGCUGGCAUACAUGGAUACCCAAGAUCUCCCUGGGACGGGGUCAGUGGGACGAAUCCGUACUCACCAGGGUUUUGCGUGCAUGGUUCUACACCAUUUCCGACCUGGCACCGACCAUAUCUGGCCCUAAUGGAGCAAAUCCUCUGGACUGAGGCUCAAGCGAUCGCCAGAACCUAUCCUAGCGGUUUGCAAGAUGUAUACAACACAGCAGCUUGGACGUUGCGACUACCAUUCUGGGACUGGGCUGUGCAUCCUGCACUGCCCGCUGUCGUUCAAGAUGCUACAAUCAUCAUUAACACGCCUGCUGGGCGGACAGCAGUACAGAAUCCAUUGUACAAAUACAGCUUUCAAUGGGACGCAGGUGGUAACGGUUUUCCAAGAGACCAGGUGAAGUUGGCCGACUUACCCUUCACUGUUCGUCAUUGGAAUAGCGAGACUCGGCAGAGCAAUCAGACUGCCGCCAGCGCUGAAAUGCUGGCAAAUGCCGGACAGAUCGUGGCAAGCACUUAUCAGUUGUUUACGGAUGUGACAGACUACGUAUCCUUCUCCUGCUUUACUCCCAACGGCCGAUUAAACUCAGGCAACAAUGUCGAGAAUAUCCAUGGAAACAUUCACAACAUCGUUGGUGGCAAUGGUCACAUGCUCUAUCCGGAGAUCUCGGCUUUCGAUCCUAUCUUUUGGCUACACCACGCCAAUGUCGAUCGGCUAUUGGCCAUGUGGCAGAUCCUGAAUCCAGCAAGCUACUUUACACCCACAGUGAACGUGUAUGGGACGUACUACGAGCUUCCUGGCAGCAUAGACUCCGGAAACUCCAGCCUUGCACCAUUCCAUUCUGAUAAUGGGACAACGAUGUUCACCAAUGAUGCUGUGCGGAAUAUCCGGUUGUUCAACUAUGCUUAUCCGGACAUCCCAGACUGGAGCUUGAACGGCACUUCACUCGCCAGUUACGUGCGAACACAGAUCAACCUCAAGUACAAUCCUCCAGGCCUGGCGCAGAGGAGACUCAAGAGAUCAUCACGACGAGCAACGUCGGUGACAGCUGCGUUCAGCAAUAUCAGUCCACAGGAAAUCAGGAACCUUGGCUUCAACAACGCCGAUGUACAGUGGACGAUAAAGAUCGUUCUUGAGCGCUAUGCUUACAGUACGGCCUUCUCCUUGGACUUCUUCAUGGGCGAUCCACCAGAAGAUGUAGCUUCGUGGUCGACAGCGCCAGAAUUGGUCGGAUCGCACUCCCAGUUUAUUCCCUUCAAUGUGCCGGCCAUGUUUCCGAAUGGCGCGCCAAGAGGUCUGUCGCAAGGUGAAGUCAGUCUUACUCAUGUAUUAUCAGCUGGUGUCAGUCGCGGAUUUUUGAGGGACCUGUCACCAGCAAUCGUGCUACCAGUCUUGCGAGAUGCUUUGACUUGGCGGGCCAGGACUCCAGAUAAUUGCGAAGUGAAUUUGGCUGAUCUGGCUGGGCUCUCCAUUGCGGUUGCCAGCAAAAGAACAUGGCCAACAACGGUGAAGGACCGCUUUCCGAGCUAUGGACAGCUUGAAUGGCACCACGAAGCAACAGCCGGCAAAAUUGGCGGGGACAGUUGUGGCAUAAGCAAUGAAUAA